AUGUCGUCUGCAGCAGCCGUUGGCAAGUCGCAACCUAUAGACAAGAAAACUUUUGAUGUUAAAAAAUUUUUGAUCGAUUUGGCUUCCGGUGGUACAGCAGCUGCUGUUUCCAAAACUGCUGUUGCACCUAUUGAGCGUGUCAAGUUACUUCUCCAGGUACAACAUGCAUCUAAAACAAUAGAUGUUGAUAAGCGCUACAAGGGUAUAAUUGAUGUAUUCAAACGUGUGCCGAAAGAACAGGGAUUUGCAUCAUUUUGGCGUGGCAACUUGGCAAAUGUUAUUCGGUACUUUCCAACGCAAGCAUUGAAUUUUGCAUUCAAAGAUACGUACAAAAAAAUGUUUGUUGCCGGAUACAAUAAAGAUAAGGUGGAGACGAUAAAAAUUUAUACAGAAUGCGAUGUACGAAUAGCGUUAGAUUUUUGGAAGUUUUUUGGAGGUAAUUUACUAAGUGGAGGAGCUGCGGGUGCUACAUCUUUAUGUUUCGUAUAUCCACUUGAUUUCGCUCGUACUCGUUUAGCAGUUGAUGUAGGCAAAGGUGCGACUCGCGAAUUUACUGGUUUAGUAGAUUGUUUAGCUAAAGUCCUGAAAAGUGAUGGUCCAGUUGGUUUGUAUCGUGGUUUCAUGGUCUCAGUACAAGGAAUUAUUGUUUAUCGGGCGGCUUACUUUGGUCUUUUUGAUACAAUCAAAAUGAUGGUAUCUACAGAAAAGAAAAAGCUGAACUUUUUUGUUGCUUGGAUGAUUGCUCAGCACUACUUGCGGUCGUUUCAGGUUGUGACAGUCGGUUCGGGGAUCCUAUCAUACCCAUGGGAUACUGUGCGUCGUCGAAUGAUGAUGCAGUCUGGCCGUAAGGAAUUACUUUACGUGAACACAUGGGAUUGCGCCAAAAAAAUUGUCGCCAACGAAGGAACAGCGGCACUUUACAAAGGUGCUCUUUCCAAUGUAUUCCGUGGCACAGGUGGCGCAUUGGUAUUAGCAAUUUAUGAUGAAAUCCACAAAUUCCUAUAG